AACUUCCUUCCUGCUUUCCUCCCCCGAGCCCCCGCCUUUCUGCCUCCUCCCUCAACCCCCAACUUUUUUUUUUUAAAUCUUACAUUGAACAAACACUGAAGUAGCCGGGAGCAGACGCUGACAGCGGUAGUGUCUCCAACCAAGCACGGAGCAGCGCACGACCUGGCGGUGUCCCCUACGGGAUCGCCUAGUCCCUGCGCCGGUACAUUCAGCCUCGUUGCACCCCACUAUUUUCGUCUUCCAAAAGUUGUUGCGGAAACCCUUUGGGGCUUUUUUUUUUUUUUUUUUUUAAAACUUUAAGCCACCUGGUCUGUACGAGCCCGGAGUCCCCGGGGCAUGUCGCCUGCACAGGACCUGGGAGUCUGAGCAAUUGCAGCCGCGAAAUCGUUUAUGGAGCUUGGCGCGGGGGCCAAGCCUGAGAUCUUGCCCCGUGCCCGCCGCCUAGGCCAUGCUGCUCCAUCGGCGCGCGGAGCUGCGGCCGCCGGGCCUCCAGGACUAAGCCGGGAGCCGCGGGAGGAGGAGGCGCCGGCGGUGGAGCGGGACGGAGAGCCGCGGCGGCGGGCGGACCCAGUACUAUGGCUGUGUACUGCUAUGCCCUCAAUAGCCUGGUGAUCAUGAACAGCACCAACGAGCUGAAGAGUGGCAGCCCCCGACCCAGCGGCAGCGAAACGCCUCAGCCCUCCGGGAGGGCCGCGCUGAGCCCCGGCAGCGUCUUCAGCCCUGGGAGAGGCGCCUCCUUUCUCUUCCCCCCAGCAGAGUCGCUGUCGCUGGAGGAGCCUGGGAGUCCUGGGGGUUGGCGCAGCGGCCGACGGAGGCUGAAUAGUAGCAGCGGUAGCGGAGGUGGCAGCAGCAGCAGCAACAGCAGCAGCAGCAGCAGUGGCGUGGGCAGUCCCAGUUGGGCUGGCCGCCUGCGAGGGGACGCGCAGCAGGUGGUGGCGACCCGCAUCCUCUCCCCACCUGGGCCGGAGGAGGCCCAGAGGAAGCUGAGGAUUCUGCAGCGCGAAUUGCAAAAUGUGCAGGUGAACCAGAAAGUGGGCAUGUUCGAGGCGCAAAUCCAGGCACAGAGCUCUGCUAUUCAAGCGCCCCGAAGCCCGCGUUUGGGUAGGGCUCGUUCGCCCUCCCCGUGUCCCUUCCGAAGCAGCAGCCAGCCUCCUGAAAGGGUCUUGGCUCCAUGUUCCCCAAGUGAGGAACGGAGAACAAAGUCCUGGGGAGAACAAUGUACAGAGACCCCAGAUGCCAACUCCGGGAGAAGAAGCAGACUCAGCACACACCCCUCGAAGGACAAGGAGGGAGUGGCCCCUCUUUUAGGCCCAGCCAGCCCGACCAGGUUAGGGACUCAGAGUCCAUCUACUUCAGUGAGAAUGGAAAGCGGUUCCCCGGCCAGUCCCCGCUGUGGCUCACCCACACCCAUGGAAAUUGACAAGAGGGCUGCUCCCUCACUGGAGCACUUUGGGACUAGCUUAACGUUGGCCACUAAAGUGGCAGCUUCAGCCGCAUCCGCUGGACCACACCCUGGACAUGAUUCUGUUCUCAUGGAGGCAGACUGUGAGCUAGGGGCCAUGCGCCCCUGGGAGGCCCACAUGGAGAGACGGGGGCAGUUUCUGGGCAGGGAGACCGGCUCAGCCCCAGAGCCUAUCCGGACCCACAUUAGAGAACCCCCUGGAAGGGUGGAAAGAGUUCAUUCUGUUGGUGGCCAGGGCUCCUGGACACCUGAAGUCAUCAAAAGACCGGAAGAGAGAACUGUGGAUGCCCAAAGCUCAGAGCCCUCAGAGAACCCGAGAUGGUCUAGACUGCCUGGAGACCCGGGUUCCGUAGGGCCUGAGAAGGGAGGUAGUAAGAUCCCAGGAAUCCGAGGACCCCAGCAGACCCUGGACAGCAUGAGAGAAGGGUCUUCAGCACUGGGCUUGCUUGGGGGCAGCCAGGCAGCACAGCCAGGGAGCAUGGAUGUGGAGACAGGCAUUAGUUGUGGCCGAAUGCUGGAACCUUUACCACCUGGGGAAGUAACAACAAAUUUGAAAGAACCCCAGUGCCUCCCUGGGGACAGGAUGGGGAUGCAGCCUGAGAGUUCCCUAGUUUGGCCCAGUGCUGUGGAGGAAGCUCCCCUGAUCUGGACGUGUGACACAGGGGUACAGUUAAAGGGGACUUGGAGAAGCCAAGAUGGAGAUGCUCAUCCUAGCUGCCAAGAGAUGUCCCCAGACCAGAAGGACAAGGCCUGCAGCCCCAGCAACAUCCCGGCCAUCCCUGCAGUCAUCAUUACAGAUAUGGGUGCUCAGGAGGAUGGAGGGUUAGAGGAGAUCCAAGGAAGCCCUCGGGGUCCCCUGCCUCUGAGGAAGCUGUCGUCCUCCUCAGCCUCCUCCACUGGCUUCUCCUCUUCCUAUGAGGACUCGGAGGAGGACAUCUCCAGUGACCCCGAGCGCACUCUGGACCCCAACUCAGCCUUUUUGCAUACCUUGGACCAGCAGAAGCCCAGAGUGAGCAAGUCAUGGAGGAAGAUAAAGAACAUGGUGCAGUGGUCCCCCUUUGUCAUGUCCUUCAAGAAGAAGUACCCCUGGAUCCAGCUGGCGGGACAUGCAGGGAGCUUCAAGGCAGCUGCGAAUGGUCGUAUCCUUAAGAAGCACUGUGAGUCUGAACAGCGAUGCCUGGACCGGUUAAUGGCGGAUGUGCUGAGGCCCUUCGUGCCAGCCUAUCACGGCGACGUGGUGAAGGACGGGGAACGCUACAACCAGAUGGACGACCUGCUGGCUGACUUCGAUUCACCCUGCGUGAUGGACUGCAAGAUGGGCAUCAGGACAUACCUGGAGGAAGAACUCACCAAGGCCCGGAAGAAGCCUAGCUUGCGGAAGGACAUGUACCAGAAGAUGGUGGAGGUGGACCCUGAGGCCCCCACUGAAGAGGAGAAAGCCCAGCGAGCUGUGACCAAGCCACGUUACAUGCAGUGGCGGGAAACCAUCAGUUCCACAGCUACCCUAGGCUUCAGGAUUGAGGGCAUCAAGAAGGAAGAUGGCUCUGUGAACCGUGACUUCAAGAAGACCAAAACAAGGGAGCAGGUCACCGAGGCCUUCAGAGAAUUCACUAAAGGAAACCAGAACAUCCUGAUCGCCUACCGGGACCGGUUGAAGGCCAUUCGAGAAACCCUGGAAGUCUCUCCCUUCUUCAAGUGCCAUGAGGUCAUUGGCAGCUCUCUCCUCUUCAUCCACGACAAGAAGGAGCAAGCCAAGGUGUGGAUGAUUGACUUUGGGAAAACCACGCCCCUUCCGGAAGGCCAGACCCUACAACACGAUGUCCCCUGGCAGGAGGGGAACCGGGAGGAUGGCUACCUCUCAGGGCUGAACAACCUCAUCGACAUCCUGACAGAAAUGUCCCAGGGCAGCCCACUCACCUGAGGCCACCAGCACCUUGCAUAGCCAUGCCACCUUGCCCGCCACCUCUGCCUGUCGCAGCAUCUCUCUUCCCCUGAUUCUUCCUUUUCCUGUCUGAGCGCCUACCUAGAACAGAGCCUCCCAUCUGCACUACAGGAUACUUUGGAGAAGAGAAGAGAGAUUUUUUUUUCCUAGAUCUUUAUUUCCCGCCUUCCUACACAGGGGCCUGGAGGUGGCGUUUCUAAUUCUCUCUAAAUAGAACUACCUUCUAGAAGAGAAUUGCACAGAGCUAGGCCCCCGCAUCCCGUUACACUUAGAGCCUAGAGCCUGCACGGGUCUAGAAGGCUGUGGGAUCCCUGGCUGCCUAGGGUCUUAAGAGAUUGAGCCUCCCUCCCAGAGACACUCCCGCCCCGCACCCCUCACCCCCCACUCUCGGGAAAGUUCUGGCCCACAUUGGCUACCAGUGGCCUUCUGCCCCCUGGUGGCUGGUGCCAUAAUUAAACACAGUCCCAUUCGUGCCUCCUACCAUGGACCCUGAAGCUAGGGUCCUGCUUUCCGGAAGCUAGGGUCCUGCUUUCCGGAAGCUGGGAAUCCAAUCUCUGGGGGAUCUGCGUGUGGCUUAUGAGAAAAGUCUCCUCCAGUUAGAAGCCCCAGCUCCCAAAUACACCGUGUGGCUUCUCUCGAGACACCAAAUCAGGGCUCUACUUCUCUGUUGUUUAAACCCUUGGAACUCAGGCCAGCCUAGGAAGAGCAUAGAGAGCAGCAGCUCCACUGUUUCUAAAAGAACUUCACCCUUCCCUCUGGGAGCGCUGCCCGUGAAUUCAGAGGGGACAUUCUGCAAAGCUGAGCUUCAGGGGAUGAUGUCACCUCCUUGAGCUGCUGCUUACUGUCCCUGAUCUGCUUACUGGGUACAGUACUCGAGGCUCACACCAACCUCCAGGGAUCUGCAGCAGCUCCGAGAGCCGACCACGCCCAGGAGAGACCUUAGGGAAGCAGGAUUCUGGCUUCUUGGAAUGAUUCCUAAAUUUCCCUUGAUAUCACUCACUCUGCGGGCUUGAAGGAAUUAGACCAGUGUUUCUCCGUGUGACUCCAUAGUUGCCAGGAUUCAGAGGGGUGCCCAGGGUUGCCCUAAGCUUUCUCCUUCCCGGAGUCCUGAGCUUCCUGAAGGGCUAUGUUGACAGGGGAGGCCAUUGUUGGUUGCCACUUCAUCUGUGAAGCAAGUAGCCUCUCUGAUUGGAAAGAGUGUACAGUUUGUAUGACUUUUAAAAGAUGGCACUCCUAGGUCUGUUUCCAUUUGGAGCUACCCUCUGCCCCUCUGGGCCUCUUUUACUGAGAGACUGUGGAUCACACACAUGUACAGAGGCUCCUCUGGGUACCAUGAAAGCAGGCUAGGGACCAAGGGAGAUGGGGUAGACCAACGUGUACACACCUGGCAACAUAGCUUUGAGCAGGGGUGGCCGUCUUGGCUGCCUACCCCAGCUCCCUGGGGCUUCUAGAACUGUUGGCCCAUGUGGUACAUGUGUUUCCCCUUCAUGCUGGGUGGGUGAGUGACAGUUGGUGGGGGCGGGAGGUGGGACCCACAAGAAUGUAUAAGUACAGAUUUUUAAAAAGAAACUCAUUUAAACUUCCUGGCUUCCAUUCAGAUGGGCGGUGAACUCCUGUGUGGGCUGACUUGCUAAAGGUCACGCCCCCCGCCCCCCAUCAUCGAGCCCAGACCUUGUGACAGCACAUGAUUGGGAAGACAGGCAGCCUGGCGUGGGGGAGGGCAGCAGCAACCAGGCAGCCAGCUCUGGGGCUCUCCAGCUGUGGUUGCUAGAGGGCUCGAGGUGACCUCAUGGCCUGUACAUCAGCCAUUUGCUGGGAAGAGGCAUCGUUAAUUCCAAGAGUCUCCAGCUAUGACCUGGCCAAAAGUUCCCUCCCUCAGAGAAAUGUUUGCUAAAACAAACCCCCGCUGUGAACAAGAAUGCUAGCCAGUUUAACGUGUGUGAAGAACAAAACUCGCCAAGCCCUUUAGGAAGGUAGCACCUGUCACGAUAAAGCACUAAGAUACUGUGACUGGGGGCCAGUUAUCGAGAGCCUUAGCACAGUGCUGGGCAGUGCUUUGGGCUGUGUGUGUUGUAGGGGGGAAAGUGGUGUGCAGAGGCAUCUUUCCAGGCUUAUUCUGUUGCCAAGGGUGUCUUGUUCAGUCGGGGUUUGUAUUUACCAUGCUCGUACCCACUCUCUAUCUCCCAAACCAUUCUCACAUCCAUCCUGCCAGAGGCCCCUCCUUCCUGCUCUACUGGGAUGGGCAGAGCUCAGAUGGGAUUUCCCAGAGCCUUCCAGAGUCUGAUAAACUGAGUUCUGGGAGUCCUGGUGGAGACUCCCAAGGUCCUGGCCAAACAGGUGCUGGGACAUGGGACAAGCUACAUGUGCCUAUGUGCAGGGUCCACGGGGCCCUCCUGCUCUUGGGCCACCAGGUGCCUUGGUGGUCAGCUCUGCUUUGCACACGCUGAAGGUUGCUUCAACUGCUUUCCCCAGGCUAGACGUUAGUGCCCUUUAAGAAGUGUUUAAGUUAUAUUUAUUUUGGGUUUUUUUGUUUGUUUUAAUUGCACAAAACACUAAGAUAGAAGGCUGGGCUGUUCUUCCUAAGCUCUACCUGCCCUCUGGGGCCUUUCCUUCGCAGCUGGAGGAGCCCCGAGCAGGUAUGGCCUCAAGAGAGAUGCUGUUCACCUUUGGCUGGCUGUAUUUAGCUUCAAGGUCGCCUGUAUGCUGACAACCCUCUGUGUAUAGGCCCCACGUCUUGAUCGAGGGUGCUCGCCCACCAGUGCCUUUUGGGAGGAGAGGAUCCUCCUUGCACCCUGACAGGCUCUCCUCUGAACUCCUCUCCCCUCUGGACUGUUACAUCCCCUGCCCUGCGCCCCUCAGUCAACUGUAGAUGCUAUCUACCUUCCCAAUAAAGGCUUUGGAGACCAUUA